AUGGUGGAUGGACGAGCACCUCCUCAGCUCUGGAACCGGCAGCAAGCCGCCGACAACGAACCCGGGCGACGGGAGGAGGCUUCAUUAGCCGAUGCCACCGAGACGACGACGCUGCUCAACUCCGAGACGUCGUCCCGGACCCUCCGUAAUGAGUCGCCGGGAGGUGGCCGCCGAGAUCGGAACUCGGACGACGACGACGACGACGACGAUGAAGGGCCCAAGCAGUCCAUAGGCGCGACCCGUGCCGCGGUUCUCAUGCUGAGCACCUGGAUCCUCAUCUUCCUCCAAGCAUCAAACACGUCGGGCAUGACAAUGACGCAGUCCGUCGUCGCCGAGGACCUCGACGCCUACGCGGACGCCAUGUGGUUCACCAGCUCCUACCUCAUCAGCAUGGCCUCGCUGGCGCCCCUCUUCGGCCGCCUGGCCACCAUCUUCUCGCCCCGCAGCCUUGUGCUGCCCCUGGGCGGCUUCUUCGCCGCCGGCGGCAUCGUCACCUCCCAGGCGCCCUCGUUCUGGGUCUUCAUCGCCGGCAGGAUCCUGACGGGCAUGGGCGGCGCAGGCAUCAUGACGCUGGCCGUCAUCCUGGUGCUCGAGCUGGUUGGCAAGAAGAGGCGCGGCGUCUUUGUUGGGCUGGUGAACGCGGGCUUCACCAUCGGGUUAUCGUUUGGUGCCGUGGUGUACGGGGCGCUGUUGCCGGUUAUCGGAUGGAGAGCCCUCUUCGGCCUCCAGACGCCCCUCGGGCUGCUUGCAGGUCUCGGCGCCUUCUGGAGCAUACCCAGGUCCUUCAGCUCUGAUCACGAGACAAAAGGAAAGUCCGUCAUGCAGAAACUGGCUCGCAUCGACUACGCGGGUGCGUUCAUGCUGGUCCUAACCAUCGUCCUCUUCCUCUACGGCCUCUCGGGCGAAAUCCAAGCUCGCCCUCUCAUCCUCUCGGUCCUUUCUCUCCUUUUAUUCAUUCUCAUUGAGUUCAAACUUGCCGCGGAUCCCGUCAUCCCCAUCUCCAUCCUCUCCUCCCGCGGCGUCCUCUUCUCCUGCAUUGCCCAGCUCCUCUUCAUGUCCAUCCGCUGGACUCUGCUCUACUACGCGCCCAUAUUCGUCCUCGCCGUCCGUGGGUACGCCCCGGCCGUCGCCGGCUCGAUCCUGAUCCCGACCAACAUCGGCUUCGGCUCCGGCGGGCUGAUCGUCGGCUGGCUACACGUCCGUCGCAACGGCGCUUUCUGGUCACCCUCGGUUAUCAGCAUAAUGUGCUUCGCGGCGACCAUGUUCGGGUUGUCCCUAGUCGGCACGGCAACCACCCCGUUCUGGAGUUUCGUGCUGGCCGUCGUGCUCAAUGGGCUCGCGACGGGUGCUACGCUGAACUAUACACUCGCGCACCUGCUGCACCUGAGUCGGCCGGAGGAGCACUUCAUCUCGACGUCGUUGCUGGGCACGUUCCGCGGGUUCGGGGGCAGUUUUGGCACGGCCAUUGGCGGGGGUGUGUUCUACCGCAUCCUGCGCUCCGGCUUGGUGUCCAGCUUCACGGAGCUCGACGGCGGGAGGCUGUCCGAGGAGCGGAAGGAGCUCAUCACAAGGCUCAUUGGGAGUCCCGCGCUGGUGUUCAACGGCGGCCUGAGUCCUGCCGAGCAUGACAUUGCGGUGGAAAGGUAUGCCAGCGCAUCGAGUGGCACGUGGCGGGUGGCGGCGGCGCUGGCGGUUGUUGCGAUUGUGAUUCAGGCGAGUACGGGGUGGAGGGGCCCCGCAGGCAGGAAGACGGUAGAUGAUGAGACGGAGGCGAGGGCGGCGCUGAUGGGGAACGAGGGCGUUGGAGAGGCAUGA